GCGCCCAGAUUACCAAGUACCACAUCGUGAAGCCCUACAAGGACGGCGUGGACUACGACGACUUUCUGAUCGCGCUGCCCGAGCGAGAUCACUUGGCAAGUUUCACGAAGGAGGUCCCCCUCUUCUUGCGCUACCUGAAGGUGGUGACCGACCAGGAAGGCCGUGGUGAUGCUUUCGCUGCUUUCCUGGAGCGGGCUAAGAGCGGCCUGGUGGUCGAGAGUGACGUUUACAUCACCUCUGACGAGCUGCUGGCCAUCAUGUGGAAGAAUGGCUACUCAGAUGCCGAGCGCAACGCAGUCCAGUUUACUUUCCCCAGCGAUUACAAGUUUCACUACCCGGAGCUGUCUGUCAUGUUCGAUAUCCCCGAGGAGGACACGUAUAAGUUCUGCAUGCGCACCCGUAUGGAGGACAGCCACAUCGGCGAGCUAGAUUUCUCCAAGGUGAAGAGGGAAGGCUUGAUCCGAGAUCACUGGCUGAUCUUCGGCACUGGCAUCUUCAUCUUCAAGACGUUCCCCUUCUUCGGCUACUACUUCGGUGUCAAGGUCUUCGGAACUUCCAUGUGGUGCUGGACCAUGUGGCAUAUCCUGAACCGGUUCAUUGCCAA